AUGUUUGAGUUUGUCACUUUCAGGUAUAUCAUAAGUCUACUUAUCUUUGUUCUUUGUUUUGAUACACUAGCUGCUGAUUCAAGAUCUUUUUAUUUCAAGAACUUUAGUAAAGAUUCAAACUUUGAGUCUCAGCUUGCUCUUUUGGGUGAUUCUAAGGUUGAUAAUGAUAGUUUGUGUGUAGAACUUACUGGUUCUGUGGUUCAUAGUGCUGGAAGAGUUGUGUAUAAGAAACCCUUUAGGCUUCUUGAGGGGAAGCCCUCAAGUUUGGUUUCUUUUUCUACUUAUUUCUCAUUUUCAAUGUCACAAGAUAGUGGAGAUGAUUUGUUGUUUUUUAUGGUUCCUGUUGAUUUUGCUGUGGAUGAGUUUGAUGGUGGCUCAUUUGGGCUUUUGGGUCAGAGGAAAUUGAGGUUCUUGAGUGUUGAAUUCGAUACAUCUAAGGAUCGAAAGUAUAGUGAUUUGGAUGAUAAUCAUGUUGGUGUAAAUGUUAGUAGCUUUGUUUCUGUUAAGGUGAGUAAUGUAUCUUCAAUGAAGUUGGUGCUGAAUAAUGGUGAGAAAUUGCAAGCUUGGAUUGAUUAUGAAGCAAGUUCUAAGAAAUUAGAGGUUCGAUUGAAUGCAUUAGGCCGUGUAAGGCCUGUUGAUCCAUUGCUUUCGUACUCAAUUGAUGUAUCGAAGAUUUGGAAGGGGGAUGAGGUGUUUGUGGGAUUGAGUUCCUCAAAUGAGAAUUCAUCGCAGAAAUGCAAUGUGUGUUCUUGGAGUUUUAAGGCGAGACAGGCACCACAAUGGAUGCACUCCGAGCCACUGGAUCCUGAGAGCACUGUCGUGGAGAAGACUAAAGUUCCCACAGUUCAUAAGAGAAGCGAUUGUUUUCUAAAAGUUCUUGCAGCAUUAAUCGUUGGCACUGCCUGUGGUGCACUAGGAACUUUCUUCGUGUUGUUCGUAUGGACAAUCUCUGGGACUAAUAAGCGUACAGUUGUACCCGUCCUGCCAGAACAGUAUGCCAUGCAUCCUGAAGAAUUUGAGAACAAGAAGUUCAAGAUAGUUAUAGAUGAGAGCAAGAAGUAG